AUGCUUUAUUUGGUUGCCCUCUGGAUGUUGGUAGCAACAAUCUGCAUGGCAAAGGCGAAUGCAAUUGAAAGUGACAAUGGCAAUGAGUUUCUGAACAAAAUGCGAAACACAUGUACUAGUCUUACUGAUCGUUGUGUUCCUCGUACUGGUCCUCGUUGUUCUCGUGAUGCUGAUUGUGUUCCUCGUGCUGGUGGUAUUGGUGAAUGUGUUGAUGGUGGUCAUUGUAUUGAUCGUUUUGGUCCUCGUACUGGUAAUAAUUAUGUUUAUUGUUAUUGUCGUGAUGGUUGUUAUACUUGUCAUUAUGUUGGCAAAUAA